AAAGGUCCUUUUUCGUAAGCAAAUACUUCUAUUAUUGUAACGUAGGUGGCGACGAACGUAUACUUUGUCGAUGAGUGAAAGUUUGGAAGACAGUCCACUGUCGGACAAUAGGAUGGACAUAUCGGAGAACACGACCUCGCACGGAUCAUCGCCUCCGCUUCUCGUGGAGUCAGGCUCGCCGGAUUAUUCGCCCGUGCACGAAUCCGAUGGCAUAACGAUGAAGCAAUCGCUGCUGCCUCCUCGCUGCCAAUUGGACACCGAGUUGGGCAACGGCGUAGAACCGCACACUGAUGCUCGCAAUACAACGACUGGCGACGCCGCGACGGAAUCGAUCGAGAUUCAUAAGCUGUCUGCUAACAAAUCGCCUUCCAUCGUAACGUCCCGGGUAACAUCAUCGACCGGCCUGACGCCCGUCAGCAACCAUCCGCUGAUGAUGUCACCGACGGGAAGCGAAUCGGACGUGUCGGAGUUGAUAGUCGAUGCACGGACGCAGCCAGCAGGGUGCCACCGGGAGCCUACCGUACGCAACUAUUAUCACUAUCCGGACGUAGUGCCGGCAAGCGAGCAGCCACUACGGCUAGCCAGCCCGUACGCUAACCGUCGCGGUGGGGAGAAAAAAGCCGACGGUUCGAUGAUAGUAGCCGAUGAGAAGCGUGCUCACGUAGCCAUGGCUACGACGCCAGUAAGGCGCUUCAAAGGUUCGCCAGCCAAACGGAUGACAGUUGGGGUGGAUGGUUCGAAAGCUGGAGCCGCCACCUCUACGCUCGACGUUAUAAACUAUGCCAUCCACAGGGGUGUUGAAAAUGACCCAAAUGAUGGUGUCUCACCAGUGCGCCAGCGAGCCGCCGAGGAGAUAGGGUCGGAUUUUUUCAGCACCGAAUCGGAAGGCGAAGACCCGUACGAUGAGGAAGAUGUUUCACUGUUUCAAGCAUCCGUUACGCCUACGUUUAAAUCGGUGGCACUGCACGCCUCACCACCCCAAUCGGACGGUCCUUCACCGACCGGUGGCCAGCCGCGAAAGCAGAAGCAGCACUCGAAAUCGAUCUCGCCCCGUUUGCACCAGCGCCGUAAAGUACCACUGCCGAGCGAUCUGCUCGUUGAUGACGUAAGCUCGAUGGAGGACACGCUCUCGAACCAGAGCGUGGACGAGCUGCAGCAGAAUCUCGUGUCACUCAGUCCCUCUUCUUCCAUAUUGGAUGAUAAUGGGUUUAAUGUGGAUAUAGAUGAAGAUUUUCUCGAUCUGCCCGGCACACCGAAGGCAACCGGCUUAUCGGGCGACGUUUCUGGGCUUGAUGCGGUGGCGGCUGCUGGACGUUCCACAACGCUGCCACAGUAUUCGGCAAGGGAGGAAGCACGAGAUAUACGGAACUGGCAGAAGAUUACCCUGCCGGAUGGAAAAACGCGCGAAAUCGAUAUGAAGGUGAUCGAACCGUACAAGUGUGUGCUGUCGCACGGAGGCUAUCUGCAGGCGGGUGGACACAAUGCGAUCGUCGUGUUUAGUGCGUGCCAUUUGCCGGAUCGUUCGCGAGCGGACUACCAUUACGUGAUGAACAAUUUGUUCCUGUACGUGGUGAAGACGCUGGAACAGCUGGUGACGGAGGAUUACGUGUUGGUGUAUCUGCAUGGUGGUUCAAGCCGGGGCAAUGUGCCUCCAUUUCCGUGGCUGAAAAAAUGUUACCAGUUGCUUGAUCGACGCCUGAGGAAAAGCCUUCGCAAUCUUUACAUGGUGCAUCCGACCUUUUGGCUAAAAAGUGUCGUUUGGAUGGCGCGACCAUUUAUUAGUUCCAAGUUUUGGCGAAAGCUCGUGUACGUUACGUCGCUGGAAGAGCUGUACAAGCUCGUACCGGUAGAAAAGGCGGCCGUCCCGGAUAAGGUGAAAAACUACAAUGCUCGGUAAAGUAAUA